GGACGAGCACAAGAGGGGGAAAAAACUAAUAUCAAAAAAAUAAGGCUGCCUAGUAGGGUCGCAAGGCUUGUGUUCCAAACCGAAACUAACUCGUUACCAAGGCCUCGGAAUUUAAACAAACGAGAUAACGGAUCGGCCAGGGUAUGGGACCAAUAACGGCUGCCUGAAACCACCCCGGAAGAUCAACGUUGAAAUCCUUUCCUUCCUCAAAAGUUUUUGAGCCCCAACCAUGGCAGAUCAACCCACCGUUGCACCAGCCUUGUCGACGCCAGCCGAACACCUUUUCGAGCACGUUUCUGACGAGGCUCGCGUCGACACAGGCCAGGAGUCUCACGCCACCAAUCACGAUCUAGCCGUCGUCUACGAAGUUGCCCGCACUGCCCAGGAGCUGCAUGAUGGCGGCCGACGUCGCAUCGCGCUGCAGUUCCCCGAUCAUAUGCUGCCCGAUGCCCCUGCAGUAGCGGCUCUUCUAGAGGAUGCGCUGGCGGUCCUGUGUGAUGGGGGUGAUGCUGUCGUCAAGUCUGACAAGCCUGAAGCUGCCGCAUCGAGCCAAAGCGACCCAAACCCUCAUGUUGCUGUGGCCAAAGUCUCGGAGUCCUCCAGCCAGGCUGCCACUGAUGUGCAAGGCUCAUCAUCAAAAGUCACAAAGACCACGUCCACAGGCCUCCAGAAGCAGAGGAUAUACAUCCUCGCUGACACUUCCUACAGUGCCUGCUGCGUCGAUGAGAUUGCUGCUGAGCACGUCGACGCGGAUGUGGUUGUGCACUACGGCCGAUCAUGCCUGUCCCCAACCUCUAGGCUUCCAGUCAUUCAUGUCUUCACCAAGCAUCGCCUCGACCGUCAAGCUGUCAUCAGUGAAUUCGUCAGGGAGUUCCCGGCCAUGGACAGUCGAGUGGUUCUCAUGGCUGAUGUUGCGUAUCAAGAUCACGUGGACUCGGUUGCGUCUGAUCUAAGCGCGCGUGGAUACACCAACGUGCUAACGACCUCGGCCAUACACCUCCCGUUUGGCAAGUUGCCUAAUAGGACUGCUCGAAAUUCCAGCGGAGAUAGUGUCGAAUUUGAGGGGCCAUCAGCUGCAGACCUCACCGAGUAUGACAUAUUCCACAUAUCCACUCCCCCUACCUCGCUUCUCCUCGCACUUUCAUCUCGGGUCAAGUCCCUUCGCAUUUUCCCCACCGCCGCACCCAACGCAUCGUCAUCUUCGCAUUUGUCGGAUGCACCGUCUGUGGCUCAAUUCUCCCGCCGCCUUCUCGGACGGCGCUACGCCAAGCUGCUCACCCUAUCAACGGCUGGUAUCAUUGGUAUUUUGGUCAAUACCCUUUCAGUUUCAAAUUAUCUUUCCUCUUUGGACGCGAUUCGCAAGCAGAUUGCUGCAGCGGGAAAGAAGAGCUACACGGUGGUGGUUGGUAAGCUGAACCCGGCGAAGCUCGCAAACUUUGCCGAGAUUGAUGGCUGGGUGGUUGUUGGUUGCUGGGAAAGCAGUCUGGUCGAGGAUGAUGCGUCCUUUUAUAGGCCAGCCAUUACCCCCUUUGAGCUCGAAGUCGCCCUCAUGAAGGAUGAAGAGCGGGUAUGGGGUGACAAGUGGUGGGGCGGGAUCGAAGCUAUCAAGGCACCACAAGAAGGCGUCGACACGUCUGCUGGAAAAGAGAAAUCCGCGACUGGGCCUGACGGACUUGCAUCUCCUGACGCCGAAGACGACGAUGAUGAGUCGGAACCACCAGAGUUUGACCUCCGCACAGGCAAGCUGGUAAGUCGGAGUCGCCCGAUGCGUGGCCAACGGGUUGCAAAUACCAGCACAGGGGACGAUGCUACGUUCCGUGCGCCAGUGUCUGGCCAAUUGGCGGUGCGGCAAAAAGCAGAGGUUGCGACAAUCAAUGGAGUGGUCAGCCCUGGCGCCGAGUUCCUGCGGUCUCAGAGGACCUGGACAGGCCUCGGCAGCGACUUUGAUACCGAAGAAAGAAGCACUGUGGUAGAGGAGGGACGUAGUGGCGUCGCCCGGGGCUAUACGGUUGGCAGUGAUGCUGAUCGUUCAUGAAAGUUUGAGGCACUCUUUGGCGACAAUCAGAAAAGAAACAUUACCCUAUGAAAUCUCAGCAGUGGAGGACAAUUGCGAUUCUCAGUUUUCGUCCACGAAGGUUACCACAAACACUCGAACACAUCUCGCUAUUUGAUUUAUAGAGAUUACAACAGGGCGUGGUUUGGAUUCUCACGGUUCUGGCCUGCUAUAUGCUCAACAGAAUAGCCCCAGAGAGCUGUCUCCACGGGAUCAACGCGUAGGCCACAAGAGUCCAAAGAUUGGCCAGAGGUAUCCAGAUCAGUGGUCUCACCAUAUUCAUCGUGAGAUAUACGAACCAUCUGGACCCUGCGGCGGUAUGGAUUCGUCUCGAAGAGGGUUGAGGGCUCAAGCUAGAUACCAGUGCGUGCCGAUGUGAUGAGGUAUGCGGCAUAUCCAUUGAGUUUGCUGGGAAAUAUUUCACGUCAGCCACGGGGUCGCCUUUCCUCCUCAACAGCCUCCAAUGUACAUUUUCUAUGUACUUACGAAGAUGAUGCAUGCCCACCUUUACCCACAGGACAAGAUCCUCCUGCAUGAAGCUUUCGCCGUCCAAGAAGCGCGAAAAUUCGACUGGUGGAUUGUGCACGUCCUGAUUCUGGUACGCAUGCGAGUCCAUGGCUCCUCGUCCUUCUGCCUCGUGACGUGGACGUCAUGCUCAUAUCACAGAGCCGCGUUCCUCAGGUUGCUCGAGUCGCGCAUCGUUAGCUUUCCGGUGCCUUGCGAAACGACACGGUACCCCCUGUUCUCACCGAAUUUGUUCUUGGCACCGAUGUUGACUACCAGAAGCUGCGUCGCGCUGUCGGCGUCCCAGUCUAGCGGCCCCUGCUCCUCGCCGGCGAGGAUGAAGCGUCGAAGCUGCAUCGACUUGUCCGAGGCCCCGUCAGGCCAGAGCGCGGAUGUCCACUGCAAUGGAUCCGUCCAGCGAGAAGGUGUGCGAGACGAUUCUAGUUGUAGUUGAAUAUGGUUCCCACAUGCCACCUGCCUCACGACGAACUUCACUUUCCUUGUAACGCUGGUGUACUCAUUUGUGCGUGACCUAGGGCCAUGACGCCGUCUCCGGGUCGAUUGGUAGUGGAUCGACCAGAUUAUCCUGCGAGACCGCCUCCCCUCUGAUCCAAGGUCACCCACGCAGACGUAUCAGGAAGACUGCGUUUAUCACCAUGCAGAUACGGUAACGUUUCGCUCUUGUUGGGUUCCAUAGUUUCCACGAGCACGCUGUACUUCGUCAGCCCGAAAUCAUGGAUACUCAUCCUAAUGCCAAGAGAUCGAGAGACAGGGAAAAGUCCAGCGUGAGCUAACAUAGUAUUUGACUACCUACUCGCCAGCAUCAUCCACAGAGGUGAGGUUGAGCUGCUUGCAUGCACAGAGCUGUGUUUUAAGCUAGCUACAUCAGGUACCUGUCUUGGGCCGUUUGGGCAUGGAGCCAGCAGCCUGGCAGCUGCUGUGCCUUGCAUACCCUCAAGUAAUAGACAACAGGAUAAAUGAAAUGGCAUCAUCCGUCUUGUUUUCCGAUGAACUCCCAAGGCUAAAUAGGCAAUUUCCUUUGGGACCUGCAUAUACAGCCCCUCACCCGCCCCGCCAUACAUGCAUGUGCGACCCGGAUGAAGCGUAAAUCUUGCUGUUCGCGAUUGUGCUGGAGAUAUUUAACCAUAUCAUUCUUUUUUUUGGACUAGACUUACAUCAAUCAGGGACAAUAUGAAAAAAAAAACUUGCAUGAAUACCCGGGGUACUUGUAUACCUGGUAUUGGUUGUCUGAGUGCUUAUCCUGCUUCAAAAAGCCAUUU